AUGGUUCACGUCGGUAUUCCGAAGAAUUACACAACCUCGCCAUCCUCCUUUGCGGGGACGCCUUCUCUGACCAUCAACUACGAGGCCACUCAGGACCUUGACUCCAGCAAUGCUUUUGAAGGUCCCGAGAAGUUGCUCGAAGUAUGGUUUGCUCCGUCUGCCAGCGAGCUUGGCGCUGCCGGCCCAGAGGGCCUAAAGAAGGUUCCCAGCGACAUCUGGAAGGAUAUGCUCGACUUGGUCAAUUGCCAGGUCCUCUCCAUUGUCUCAUCCGAGGAUGCGGAUGCCUACCUGCUGUCUGAGUCCAGCAUGUUUGUCUGGCCGCACAAGCUCAUUCUGAAAACAUGUGGUACCACGACUCUGCUGUCCGGUCUCCCGCGCAUCUUGGAGAUCGCCACUCUAUUUGCAGGCUUCCCGCGCGCUACUGCACCUCCGUCUCGCGGAAUCACUGUCGCUGCGGCCCCUUACCGGGUUUUCUAUAGUCGCAAGAACUUCUUGUUCCCCGACCGUCAACGCGGCCCUCACCGCAGCUGGCGCGAUGAGGUUCGCAACAUGGACAAGCUGUUCCAGAACGGUAGCGCCUACAUGAUUGGCAAGAUGAAUGGAGAGCAUUGGUACUUGUACCUGACUGAGCCUCACACCUUGCUCACUCCCCCGGCGAGCCCACAGGAGGAGGUUGAAUUUACCGAGACUGAGACCAAGGUCCUCGACUUCCCUCCCUCUCCUGUCGCCACCGAGUGUGAUGAGCAUGAUGAGACUCUAGAGGUCCUGAUGACCGAUCUCGACCAAGAGAACGCGAAGCAAUUCUUUCUGGAAAAUGCCGCCGCCACGGCAGAGAAACGCUUCCGCAGCCUCGAAAAGGAUGACGACGUCGAACACUUGGAUGUCUUCAGCAACAACUCCGAUCCGGAGGAUGAUAUUGAUAUGAAGGCUAGCAAUAGCGGCAUCUUGCCGGCGGAGUUGACAACAGAGGGCCAUGCUCUUGGUACUGUGGUCUCUGAUUCUUGCGGUCUCUCGGACGUCUAUCCCAAGAACAAGUUCCCGGAUGCUCGCAUUGAUGCAUAUCUCUUCACACCCUGCGGUUUCUCUGCCAACGGUGUUGUUCCUGCUCCGGAUAGCAAGGGGCCGACCCACUACUUCACCGUUCACGUCACGCCAGAGCCGCAUUGCUCAUACGCGUCCUUCGAGACCAAUGUGCCGCACUCCCAGAACGGCAAGACCACGUCCGACAUCAUCCAACAGGUUGUUGAUAUCUUCAAACCUGGUCGCUUCAGCAUCACCUUGUUCGAGACCAAGCCUUCUGUCGAGGAGCUUGAGGCCGAUCCAACCGGCUUCCACGAGGUCUCUCACGCGCAGCGCCAAGCUUUGCGCCGCAGUCCCAAGAUGGAGCAUGUGGAAGGCUACCGCCGUGUUGACCGUAUCGUUCACGAGCUGAACGGGUACGAUCUUGUGUUCCGUUACUAUGAGCGCAACGACUGGAAAGGGGGGGCACCCCGGAUUGGAGAGAAGUUCUAG